CAACAGAAGGAGCAGCGGCAGCAGCAGCAGCAGCAGCAGCAUCAGGACCCUUCUGCAGCUGCAGCAGCCAAGCCUGUUGACAGUCCCGAGACUUCUCCAGCAGCAGCUGCAGCAGCAGCAGGAGCAGCAGCAGGACCACCAGCAGCAGAAACAGCAACAGGAGCAGCAGGAGGAGCAGAAACAGCAACAGCAGCGGCAGCAGCAACAGCAGCAGAGGAACAGCAGCAGCAGCGGCAGCAGCAGCCGUGCGAGGAAUCGCUGCGACCUUCAGAAAACGGCAGCAGUAGCAGCAGCAGCAGCAGCAGCAGUGAUGGCGGGCUCGCCACUAGCACCGCUGGCCCCAGCAGCAGCAUGCCCAGCAGCAGCAGCAGCAGCAGCAACAGCAGCAGCAGCAGCAGCCUGCAGCAGCAGGACGAAGAAUUUUGUCGCUCUUUAGAAAUUCCCCCUGUUGUCUUUUUGCUGAUUUCUGCUGCCAUCGCUCGGCAAGCAGCAGAAACUCCUGUCAAGAAUAACCAAGAUGGGGGCUCAGUGGAGCUGUGGAAUUUCGACGUGCAGCUGAAUGUGCAGCAGCAGCAGCAGCAGCAGCAGCAGCAGCAGUUGGGGUCCGUAGCAGCAGCAGAGGCGGCGCGCCCAGCGCGAGGAAGCUCGCAGCAGCUGCAGCAGCUGCAUCAGCAGCAGCUGCAGCAGCAGCAGCAGCCACGCCCUGUGGCGGCAUUUGAAUCGCAGCCGUCACCGACUGCAGCAGCAGCAGCAACAGCAGCAGCAACAACAACAGCAGCCAAAGUCCCUACAAAGAGGAAGCACUCGAGAGGCGGAGACCCCACAGCAGCAGCAGCAGCAGCAGCAAACAGAGACAUUCAUUUCAACUGGCUUGCUGCUCAGCUGCCAAAAGUCAAGGGGAUUUCUUAUGAUGCUGCUGCUGCAGCAUGGACUGUUCGGCUCGACCCGCCGCAGCAGCAGCAGCAGCAGCAGGGCACAGAAGCAGCUGCAGACGCGCCCGCAGCAAAAGCGGCGGCCGACAGCAGCAGCAGCAGCAGCAGCAGCAGCGUGCACUCGUUCAGCGUUGGGGUGUAUGGACUCGAGGGGGCUUGGCAAAAGGCUUGUGAGUUUAAAAGAGCAGCAGCAGCAGCAGCAGGAGAACAUGAUGUUGCUGCUGCUGUUCAAGCUGCUGCUGAUGCUGCUGCUGCGCUGCGCGCGCACGUAGACUUGACCGCAGAAGCGGCUUGCAGCAGCAGCUCCCCCCCUCUUGCUGCUGCUACUGCUGCUGCUGGUGGCAGCAGCAGCGGCUACGCCUUCCCCUCGAAGCGCCUGCGCUGCGGUACGACAGCAGCAGCAGCAGCAGCAGAAGCAGCAACUGCCUGCAGCUAG